UUGGUUUGUAUUCGACAGCUGACUUAUAUAAAUUACAAACAGAAUUUUGAAACCACAUUGGGCAGAGAAAUGCAAGUAGGCCUACUCUGCAUCGUGCUUCUUUUCACAUUCUACUCUCCGGCGCUUUCCUACAGCGGUAUCGGCUUUAGUGCGAGAGAUCCCGGGUUCGCGCCCGACGUGUGCCUGUCGAGGGAUUGCCUCGCCCUGUGUAAUCACCUGCCUGUGUUAACCGAGAUCGCUAGAUUAUUAACCAGCUCCAUAAUAAACUGUUUCUUCCUUUUUCCGGGUUUCAUGCACGCAUUUGUAUAGUACACCGGUGCUUUUUUUAGACACUAAGGUGACCUCCAUCUGCCAUACAGAAGUGUUGGAAUUUGCACGGCUUCAAUUUUCCCUAUCAAUACAAAUACUGCACGAGGUGGCACUAACGCAGUCACACGCUGUUCAAAAGCAUUGCCAGUCACAUUUGAGAAACCUUUCGUCUGAUUGCAGAGCUUCUCUUCUUUCAGUGAAAGAUGUCUCAGGAUAUGAAGGAGAAGCUGGAAAAAUACCGCACAGCUCCCUUUGAUGCCAGGUUCCCAAACCAGAACCAAACCAGGAACUGCUGGCAGAACUACCUGGAUUUUCAUCGCUGCCAGAAGGCUCUGACUACCAAAGGCACUGAUGUUACCCCUUGUGAUUGGUACCUGAGGGUGUACAAAUCAUUGUGCCCUGUAUCCUGGGUGUCUAAGUGGGAUGAGCAAAGAGAGAACGGGACAUUCCCUGGAAAAAUCUAACACCAAUUCACUACAUCUGCAUCCCAAGAAGGCACCUCUGUGUAAAAUGUGGGGUCGGUCAGUCCUUCCUAAGAAGUUAUCCAAGCUCUUGUGAAACAUGUGUUAUGGAUACUCCGAUAUAUUAAAAUGCACCUUUGAUCUUUAAGGGUUCAGACAAUAAACUCAGGACAUAAAAUGGGUUGUCUUUUUAUUUAGUG